AUGACAGGACUUGCCACUUCUUCUACUCCGGGAUAUAGUCCGAGUGAUUCUCCCAAGAAUGAAUCUUCGAAAUCUUCCCUGAUACCCACAGACACAACCAAACUCAAUGAUUAUGAAGCAUUGUUUAAAACAUUGGAUAUAGAAGACACUGGUGAAAUCACAUUGCGAGAUUUCAAACGAGCUAUAAAGGGACUAAACCAUCCCAUAAGUUCAAGUCCAGAACUAAUGAAGAAGAUUUUUGACUCGUUUGAUGCCAAUCAAGAUCGUGUGAUUGAUUUUAACGAUUUCAAAGUAUAUUUAUCAACCACUGAUAAACAAAUCUUACGAGGGUUUAAUAUCCUUGACGAAGAUCACGAUGGGAAGUUAAACAAGGCUGAUUUUGUCAGAUAUUUAAAGGAAUCACUUAAGCUUGAUCCAACAACUGCCGAUAUCGACUUGUUAUUUAAGAAAAUUGACUACAAAAAUGAUGGAUACAUUACAUACGAUGAAUUUCGACAAUUCUUGUUAUUAAUGCCAAGAUUAAAUGGUUCAAGAAUUAAAACUGCAUAUCAUUUCAUUGUGGAAGAAUUUGAUAUAACUUCCGAUGGUGAUGUUGCAUUGGUGACUCAAUUCCUCAAUGGAUUUGGAUAUUUCUUAGCGGGGGGGUUAUCAGGGGUGGUUUCAAGAACUUGUACAGCCCCAUUUGAUAGAAUCAAAGUGUUUUUGAUUGCUAGAACCGAUUUAACAUCCACGGUCUUGCAUUCCAAACAAGAAAUAGCCACACAAAUCGCCGCAGGAGCAGAAAGACAUAUUAUUGAUGAAUUAAGAAAAAAAUUGGCACAUGCCGAAUUGCAAGUUGCUCAAGAGAAGGCUGCUGCUGAAGCAGCUUCGAGUCUACGAGAAAAAACCAUUAGAUCUCCCAUUGUCCAAGCGGCAAGAACUAUAUGGAAACAAGGUGGGUUUAAGGCAUUUUAUGUCGGGAAUGGGUUGAAUGUAUUAAAAGUUUUCCCAGAAUCAGCCAUGAAGUUUGGCUCAUUUGAAGCUGCAAAGAGAUUUUUUGCGGGAAUUGAAGGGGUUGAUGAUUCCAGUAAGAUUUCCAAAGUUUCAACUUACUUAGCUGGUGGAUUUGGAGGUGUGGUGGCUCAAUUCACAGUUUACCCCGUAGAUACCUUAAAGUUCAGAUUACAAUGUUCAAAUCUUGAUAGUUCACUCAAGGGAAAUGCAUUAUUAAUUCAAACAGCGAAGGAUAUGUUUCAAGAAGGAGGGUUGAGAAUCUUUUAUCGUGGUAUUUUUGUUGGUACCAGUGGGAUUUUCCCCUAUGCUGCCUUGGAUUUGGGAACAUUUUCAAUCAUCAAAAAUUGGUUGGUUAAAAGACAAAGCAAGAAAACUGGAAUUAGACAAGAAGAUGUUAAAUUGCCAAAUUAUAUGGUGUUAACAUUGGGGGCAUUAUCGGGAUCAUUUGGAGCAACUUUAGUUUAUCCAAUAAAUUUAUUGAGAACAAGAUUACAAGCACAAGGUACUUAUGCUCAUCCAUAUACUUAUAAUGGAUUCUUUGAUGUUUUAAACAAAACAGUAGCAAGGGAAGGUAUACCUGGAUUAUACAAAGGUCUUGUACCAAACUUGGCCAAAGUUGCUCCUGCGGUUUCAAUUUCCUACUUUAUGUAUGAGAAUUUGAAAAGUUUAUUCAACUUAAAUAGCACUUUAAAAUAA